AUGUUAACACUUUCCACGCGCCCGAUCAAUUUCAGGUCGUCUUUCUUUUGUCGAAGAUUUGUCUCAGGCGGCGACAAUAAAAUACAGGCCGGUGAUCGCGUUGUUCUGCAGCUGAAAGGGAGAGAUCCGUUCAUGACUAACGUACUUCGUCAAGAUGGAAAGACGAAUCUUCAGCAUGGCGACAUCUUGCAUAGCGAAAUCAUUGGCAGAAAUACAAGAGACUUAGUGAGGAGUAGUAGAGGAGCCGACCUCAGAGUCUACCUUCCCACCUUGGCUGAAUAUGUCACCAUGACUCCUCGCAUUGUGACUCCCAUCUACCCAGUGGACGCCAAUCUCAUAGUCUCGUUGCUAGAUAUCCACGCCAGUCCUUCACCCUCAACUCACGGCCCCCCUUCCUUAGAGAUUCUCGAAGCAGGCACUGGGCAUGGAGGAUUAACAUUGUACCUCGCUAAAGCUGUUCACGCAGCAAAUGCUCUACGACCCAACACCAACAACCCAAGUAGUAAAGCGGUAGAAGAUUGUCAGUCAGCAUCCCUUUUCAAAAUUGGUGCUCCAGGUUAUCAGAGGUCUUCCGGACGGGAAGACGAUCUGAAUUCACGAUCAAAACCCUCCUAUGAACAUAGUAGUGAUGACCGGCAAGCGGUCAUCCAUACUCUAGACGUAUCUUUGAAACAUUCAAAACAUGCAGAGCAGAUUGUAAAAGGGUUUCGCCAGGGACUCUACUUCAACGAUAUUGUCUUUCAUGCUGGUGAUAUCUCCGGGUGGAUAGACGAGCAGGUCUCCAAUCGUGGACUUGGGCCUGAUGCAAAAGCAUUCUUGUCACAUAUCGUGCUGGACAUGCCUUCUUCAUUUCAUCAUGUCGAAAAAGCGGCGUCUGUAUUGCAUACCAACGGUAAUCUGGUUGCCUUCAAUCCCAGUAUCACGCAGAUCAUUUCUAUUGUUAAAAUAGUCAAGCAACUCAGUCUCCCUUUGGUCCUUGACAGUGUUCUCGAGCUUGGACUAAACGUCUCGGGAGGCAAGGACUGGGAUGUACGUACUGUCACACCAAGGGCACUGACGAGGAAGGCAAAAGAUACCAUACGCGAAGACGAUGCUUCAGGGGACGCGGACAAGGAUUCAAACGACGGCGCAGUGGCCGACUCCGCUGGAGCAAGUACCGCUGAAGGAGACAAUCAACCAAUUCACGAUCAAAUCAGUGAAAUGGAGAUCGUCUGUAGACCGAAAGUCGGUUAUCGAGUGGCGGGUGGAGGUUUCCUCGGCGUCUGGAAAAAGAUGAAGUAUUGA